AUGUCUGGAUUUUUUUCGUUGUUGGGAAUCAUAUCAAGACGAUUCACAGAAUACGCAGAGACUGAUAGCGCCAAUAUUUUCCGCGUUUUCAUCAAUAAUUUGGAAUCAACUGAAUAUUCUGAUUUGGCUUUUAGAGGUCUUCAUUUGUUUCUAUUUGGAUUUCCUCAUUUGUUAAAUCAAGAGAAACAAAAAUUAUAUGUAUUCCAAACAGUUUUGCGGAGCAUCAGCAGUAUUGAAGAUGAAAAAAGAUAUGAUAUUGCUAGAACUGGAUUUAAUUUUAUCAUUGACCAUUUUGAAAUGUUCAAAAAGUAUUAUAUCCAAUACUACAAUGAAUUAUGGACAUCUCUAUGGCAAUGUCGUGAACAUAAAAACGCCGACAUCAGAAACAAUUCAACUACUGCAAUAGGGAUAUUUUUGAAACAAUUAGCAAAUAUCUUAGAAUCAGAUCCAAUUGAUGAUUACAUUACUAGUCAAUGUGUAGAGUUUUUUUUCCUUACAUUUGUUGAUAUAUGGAAUUCUUGUAAAUCAACUAUAAUCGAUAAGCAUGACAUUCAGAAAACAAAAGAUAUUUCCAUUGCAAUCAAUGGUCUUGGUUAUUUUGCUUCGCUAGCAAAAAAAGUUAUUGGGGAAAUUGCUGUUCAAAAAAUAUAUCAAGAGCUUCUUAACCCGAAAAUUUGGGCCAUUUCAGGCCUUGGUGAUAAUGAAAUUCCUCAGACACUUUCUCAAAUUCCAUUAUUCAUCGAAGCAUUUUGUUAUAUUGGUCGUGAAUAUGAAGCUAUAUUCAACACAUUAAUUGAAACUAUUGUUAACGAAGUAGAAACUAUUUUAAUUUUUUUCCCUUGUAUGGCAAAUAACCUACGCCGUCGUAGUAUCAGUUCUAUUAUACAAUUUUUAUGGACCUUGUUUAAUAAAGACAAAGGCGACUUACAUAAAUAUGUGUCCAGAUUGAAAAUAUAUUUUCAAAUAGUUUAUAAAGGAUUAAUCUUAACAUGUUCCGAUUCAAUCCAACAAUCAACAAUUAAAAACUUCGCUUCAACAUCCGAAAUAAUUAAUGUUGUGGAAGAUCACACAUAUAAGGAAAUGAUCAAUUUUUGGGAAAAGAUUUUUAAAGAAUCCAUUUUCUUGAAUGUUGUUGACAAAAAAUCACUAACAAUUGAUGAAGAAGAAAAUAAGAUAAUUAUCAAAGAAUUCUUCUCGGUUCUUUAUGAUGAAUUUAUGCAGGCCUUUUUAAAAAUGACAAAGAAAUUAAAUUUCACUGUAAUUGAUCAAAGUGAAUCUGAUGUCGAUACUACUAAUUCUAAUGUUGAUGUAAAUCUAAUAGCUAUUGCUGGUUACAAUGACCUUUCAAGCUUAAAACCAGUGUUUUCAAAAGACUUUAUAAUUUUCCAAAAUUUAGUAGAUUUUUGGCAAAUAUUUUUACCCAGGGUUAGAUGUCAAUUGUACUCGAGAUGGGUAUAUACAGUUGGAAACACUUUAAUUUUAUUAUCAACCUGUUAUCCGUAUAUUAGUGGUUUUUACAAGAUGUUGGGUUCAUGUUUGACUGUGUGUGAAUCGAUCGGAUUUUUUGAUGGAUUACAAAACCAUAAAAGCAAGAAUAAUGAAGAAUCACAUAAAAAACAAAUUGAUUCUAAUAUUAGAUCAAUAAGGCUGGAUAGCCAUCGUCUUUUUAGCAAGUUCAUUAAAGAAGUAUGUGAACGUUUACCACAAUACAAAGAUGAUUUGUUAUGUUCAUGCCUUCAAUUAGUACUUACUCUUCCGAAAGAACUCAUCAAUGUUCAAGAUCUUAUACAACCUAUACGCAUUGCAUUAAAAAUGGGUCAAAGCUACCAACCACUUGCAAAAAUAAGUUUAGACACUAUUGAUAAAUUGGUUAAUACUAAAGGACUUGAGGCAUUAAGCAGAUGGCUUGGAUAUAUUUUGCCUGUAACAAAUGAAUAUUUGUUGUUGGUCAAUUCAGAAACAACAAAUAAUCCAAAUGGUAUCGACAACAUUGGAAUGCUAAAUAGUGCAAUCAUCUCUAAAAAUUCCGGAUCGUUUAAUCGUUAUCUUGCUUGGGAUCCUGAAAAACGAUUAAUUUUCGGUAUUCCAUACCCUGACAUCAAAAUUGAUAUCUCACUUGAUGAGCUAUUACCACGUAUUGUAGAAAUUUCUGAAUCUGCAACCGAUAGAAAAGCAAAAGUAGUGGCAUGUGAACUUUUGCAUUCAAUAAUGUUAUUUAUGAUUGGUAAAAGUGCAUAUCAAGUUCAUACUAGAAUUGGUCCACAGCAGAGCCCCUUUUAUCGCACAUACAAAAAAGUAUUUCCUGCACUUUUUCGACUGGCCAUAGAUACCGAUCAAAUUCCAAGAAAACUAUUCUGUCCGCUAAUAUCACAGAUGAUUCAUUGGUUCACCAAUAAUGCUCAACAUGAAAAUCCUGAAACCAUUGCAUUACUAAAUUGUUGCUUGGAUGCAGUAUGCGAUACUUGGGGCUCAUUACGCGAAUAUGGUGCUAAAUGUUUGAAUGAAUUUUUAUUAUGGUCUAUUAAACAAUCAUCACAAGUAGACGAUCUUAUGAAUGUUAAAUCAAUAUUUAAACGCAUAUAUAAUCUUUGUGGACAUCCUGAUCACACAAGGCGUCUUGGUGCAUCAUUGUCAAUCAAUAACAUCUAUAGGACAUUCCGUGAAGAAGAAAGUUUGGUUGAUAUAUAUAUUUUUGAACUUUUAUAUUGGAUUUUACUUAACUUAAAACUUUCUGAUAAAGAUCAAGUUGCUACUGGAACACGGCAACAAGCAAUUGUGGCGAUUAGGCACAUCAAAAAAAUCAUUUGCGUUAAAUCUAACUUAUUUUUGACUACAUCUGAUCAAAGACGUAAUGUAUUUUGUCUUAAAGAAACAGAUUUAUCAUCUCUAGUAGAAUAUUUAUUCAACGAAACUACAAAAAAGGAAAAGGAUUACGCAAACAUUUGCAGGGAAUUAUUUUGUGAUUUUGUUGUGUUGUUACCAGAUUAUCAAAGUGGCCAUCGUUGGAUUUCUAACAAGAUUGCUAGCGAUCCUUUUUAUUUGAAAAACUUGUACCAAUCUCGAUUUACUGUCCCACACCUAGAUUUUGAAUCUAAUUUGAUACUACAAAAUUCUAAAGAAUGGUGCUUACAAUUCUUGUCUAUUUUGGAGAAUUAUACCUGGCUUAUCAAUAAACAAUUGGUGGAUUCAGAAACUCUGAUAAACAGUUCAUCUUCGCUUUUUAUCGAUUCAUUGAUUUAUUUCAUAGAGAAAAUAGUGUUAAGUAUUGACAAUGACGGCAUAAAAACUGAUAGGAUGGAUAUCGAUAUUACUGAUGAUAUCGAAGAGUAUGAUGCGUUGUCUGAAUUUAUAUUAACACCAACCGAUAAAAUACAGUGGGUUGCUCUUAAGGCUUAUUGUAUCGAAAGCUUGAUCAAUUUUUCAACGAAUUUACUUAAAAAUCCAACCCCAUCAACAAUUAAAAUAAUCUUGGACUCUAAAAUUUAUAGUACAUCGUUUUUUAAAAUGAUAGCAAACUGUUUAUUCGAUUACAACAGCUUGGAAUUGGAAUAUUCUUCUAUCCACAAAAUUGAUCAUAAUAGCUUUUUAAAUAAAUUGGAAAUAUUAUUGAAAUUGUGCAAGGAUACCUUUUCAAAUCAUCAAUAUCAUUUGGAUGAAAUGACACAAGCAAUUGCAGAAGUUGCAUUUUCUGAUAAUUUUAAUUUAUUGUGUAUUGAUGUUAAAAAAUCAGUUAUUGAAAUUGUUUACAUUAAUUAUAAUCUAGAUCCUGUAAAAUAUAUUGAAGUGACUCAAGGAUACAGAACUCUAAGUUCUGCCGGGAUCUUUCCUGAACUUUUCAGAGCAAGUGGUCCGUCUAGCACAACGAUCUACAGUUAUAUUAUUGCUGUUUGGAAUAUGCUUAUUUCUUUACGUAACAUGGAAGAUCCCCUUUGGAAUGAAUUUGCCGGACAACUGCUUGCUUUUGUAGUUUCUCAAAAUAACGAUACAUUUAACAAAUGGCUGCUUCGUGAUUUAUUGAUUAAUGAACAUAUAUCACAGCAAUUUUCUAAUUUCUCUUCAAUUUUCAACGAGGAUGUUACACAGCCCAUCAUAAAAGAUAUUCUUUUGGGCUUGUUCGAUUAUUUGUUGAGCAAAAAAGACAACGAAAAAAUCAACAAGUUUAUAAAUGAAUUUACUACUGAAAUUACCUUUUUGACGAAUUUUUUUGAUAACAUUAACGAUGAUCAAUACUUGCUGAAAUUAAUAAAGGAUCUUUUAAUCUUGAGCCCUAAUUUAUUUACGAAGCCAUUGUCUAAUGAAUUUAAACGACUUUUUUAUAACAAAUAUAUAUCUUUUAUUGGAUUUAAUAAGCAAUUAGAAUUUAAAGGUGAAGCUUUAGAUAUAUUGGCAACCUUUUUGCUAUCUGAUUUACCGUUCCAAGAGAUUGAAUCUUGUGUUCAAAAAAUUUUAAAUGAACAAUUACCUUUAUUGUCUGCUGACUACCCUCCACAAGGGACGAGAAAAUUUAAUGAAUAUAUCUCUAUACUUGAUAAAUUGCUAAAAGCAAUGGCAGAUUCAUGCGAUGUUGACCUUUUCAAAAUAUUAUUUCCUACAUUAAUACGUGAAGAAAAUCACGUACAUAAACAGGAAAUCCAACAAUCCUUUGAAAGUUUGGUAAAAAGGUUAACAAGCCUCAAAUUUGUUGAAAUAACCGAUAUAGCGUAUGGAGGACCAAAAGUUUUUAUGAAAGAUUUUUUUAAAAGACACAUAAAAGAAAUUGUUGACUUUUUAGAUCGGGAUGAAAGACCUAGGAACGAUUUGGAAAUUGAAAUUUAUUCAGAAACAUGUGAGAUUAUUCAAGCUUAUUUUUUAGGAAAAGAAAUCAAGCCAAAAGAAUUGACAAAAAAAAUAAUUGACAUUGCUUAUAAAGUCAAAUCAAAAUCCGAGCAUAAUGAUCCUUCCAAUGAAAACUUAAGUAAUGCUAAAUGGAGAAAUCGAUGCGCUGCAUUUAAUGCUUUAUCUGCAGCGAUUCUAUGUACACAAGAUAAAGAGA